UCUUCUCCCUUCUAUCCACUCUGGUCUCUUUCCCUCUGCCUGCCUGCCCUGCCUGCAUUUCCAACCGAGCCAUUGCAGUCUGACCUUCCCAGACUCAUCCACAAGAAACUCCUCCAAAUUUCAGAAUGACCAGUUACAAGAGCAGCAGCUACAGCGUGAGGAGUUCCAGCGCCCCACGAAACUUCAGCAGCAACUCCUACUCCGGAUCGGGCGGCAUCAGCAGCCGCAGGAGCUACAACGUCAAGAGUUCCUAUGGAGGAGGCAACAGGGGCUUCGGGGGCAUCACCAGCUCCUCUGCCUAUGGUCUGAACUCAAGCAUGGGCGGCGGCGGCGGAGGCAGUGGCAUGGGCAUGGGCUUCAGCGGUGGCAUGGGUGCAUCAGGCAUGGGUAUGGGCUACGGCGGUGGCAUGGGCGGUCAGGCCCCUAUCACCGCCGUGAGUGUGAACAGGAGCCUGUUGGCCCCCCUGAACCUUGAGAUUGACCCCAACAUCCAAGUCGUCCGCACCCAGGAGAAGGAGCAGAUCAAGACCCUCAACAACCGCUUCGCUUCCUUCAUUGACAAGGUUCGCUUCUUGGAGCAGCAGAACAAGAUGCUGGAGACCAAGUGGAACCUGCUGCAGGGACAGACCACCACCCGCUCCAACAUCGACGCCAUGUUCGAGGCCUACAUCUCAAACCUGCGCAGGCAGCUCGACGGCCUGGGCAACGACAAGAUGAAGCUGGAGGCCGACCUGCACAACAUGCAGGGCCUGGUGGAGGACUUCAAGAACAAGUAUGAAGAUGAGAUCAACAAGCGCACAGAGUGCGAGAACGACUUUGUCCUCAUCAAGAAGGAUGUCGAUGAGGCCUACAUGAAUAAGGUUGAGCUGGAGGCCAAGCUGGAGAGUCUGACAGAUGAGAUCAACUUCCUCAGGUCGAUCUAUGAGGAGGAGCUUCGUGAGCUCCAGGGACAGAUCAAGGACACUUCAGUCAUCGUGGAGAUGGACAACAGCCGCAACCUGGACAUGGACUCAAUUGUGGCUGAAGUCAAGGCCCAGUAUGAGGACAUUGCCAACCGCAGCCGCGCCGAGGCGGAGACGUGGUACAAAAGCAAGUAUGAGGAGAUGCAGACGUCCGCCAGCAGAUACGGAGAUGACCUCAGGUCCACCAAGACAGAGAUCUCAGACCUCAAUCGCAUGAUCCAGCGACUGACAUCAGAGAUUGAUUCCAUCAAGGGACAGCGUGCCAACCUGGAGGCCCAGAUCGCCGAGGCAGAGGAGCGCGGGGAGAUGGCAGUGAAGGACGCCAAGGCCCGCAUCAGGGACCUGGAAGAAGCCCUGCAGAGAGCCAAGCAGGACAUGGCCCGCCAGAUCAGAGAGUACCAAGACCUGAUGAACGUCAAGCUGGCUCUGGACAUUGAGAUCGCGACCUACAGGAAACUGCUGGAAGGAGAGGAGGACAGGCUGGCGACUGGCAUCAAGUCCAUCAACAUUUCCCAACAGAGCACAAGUUACGGUGGUUUCCCCAUGGAAAAGAGCAGCUACUCAAGCGGCUACUCCAGCGGUUUCAGCGGCGGCUAUGGAGGUGGAUACGGCGGGGGCAUGAGCGGUGGUAGCAUGAGCGGCGGUUACAGCAGCGGCGGCGGUUACAGCAGCGGCGGCGGUUACAGCAGCGGCGGUGGCGGCGGCGGCUACAGCAGCGGCGCCGGAUUCAGCAGCGGCAGCACCGGCGGCGGCAGCUACAGCACCAGCCAGAGCAAGAAGAACGUUGUUAUCAAGAUGAUCGAGACCCGGGACGGCAGAGUGGUGUCCGAGUCCUCUGAGGUCAUUGAGGAUUGAGCUGUCAGGUUUAAAGGUGUAGCUACCUGUCUGCUAUUAUCUCCUCUGCCUGUCUGGUAGUUUUAUACUUACAGUUCAACCCCCCUCCUGUACCCCCCAACUAUGAAGUACGCUUGCCAGCCACUCUCCAACGGCACCAAACAUUUCCAUGAAGCAAUAAAUGAUCCUAACACUACCAAAGAUCUGAAAGGGACCAAAGAAUUUAUUUUGUAUGUCUGAUGUCUGAUUGUCUGAACUAAAAAAAGUAGUUUUGUCACAGAAAGUUAGAUAAAAAAUGGAAAAGUAUAUAUAUAUAUA